UCCUCCUGCUCCUUCCAGCUAGAUGCCAUGAUGCCAGGAUCCCGGCCUAUCGCGACAGCCUCUGUAUGCUCGAGACCGCCACCAUGCUCUGCCGGCUAUUUAAACCGCUGUAAGGUGCCGCCUGCACUCUUGCGGCCAGCAGCGUGAGAAUCGCCCAGCUGUCCCUUCUUUUCCCCUACCAUGCGUUCUCUCCAGUACGGCGCUGCCCUUGGGGCAUUGACUAUCACGGCCUCGGCCACCCCGAAUCCGUAUGGCUGGAAGCCGAAGCCGAAGCCACGCGACGUCUGGCGUCCUGCCGUCGAAUCUAAAGCUCUCCAGGCCGCCGUUACGGAGGAGGCUCUCCUUGCUCAUGCGGAGCAGCUCCAGGACCUUGCCUAUUCUUAUCCUGAACGUAACCGUCUUAUGGGUAGCCAAGCCCACAACGAUACGGUGACCUAUAUCUACGACAAGCUCUCGGCCCUGGACUAUUACGACGUCACUCUCCAACCGUGGAACGCUGUGGUCCAAACAAGUGCCGAUGCCUCUCUGUCCGUCGACGGCAGUCCCGUGAAUGCCUCCGUGAUGGAGUACUCGGCCAGCGGCAAUGUCACGGCUCCUUUGAUCGUCGUGAGCAACCUUGGCUGCGACCAGUCCGAUUACCCAGCCGAGGUCGAAGGCAACAUUGCCCUCAUCUCUCGCGGCGAGUGCGAGUUUGGCCUCAAGUCGGUUUAUGCCGGGCUGGCUGGCGCCCUCGGCGCGGUCGAGUACAACAAUGUUCCCGGCGCUCUGAGCGGCACGCUGGGUACACCUCGUGAAGAGGGCCCCUAUGUCCCGACCGUCGCCGUUUCACAAGAGAUAGGGACUGGUUGGGUCGAUGCCAUUGCGGCCGGCGAGACCAUCACUGCAGCCCUCUACACUAAUGUCGUGAUCACUGACACGACCACGUUCAAUGUCCUCGCGCAGACCAAAGGCGGUGACCCCAACAACACGCUCAUCAUCGGUGCGCACAGUGACUCCGUCGCUGCCGGACCAGGCAUCAAUGACAACGGCAGCGGCACGUCCGCCACUCUCGAAGUCGCCAUCCAGCUUUCCAACUUUACCACGACCAACUCCGUACGCUUCGGGUUCUGGUCGGGCGAAGAAGAAGGCCUGCUUGGCAGCACCUACUACGUGGAGCAGCUAUCAGCCGCCGAACUAGCCAAGCUCCGCCUCAACCUCAACUUCGACAUGCUCGCCUCCCACAACUUCGUCUACGCCAUCUACGACGGCGAUGGCGACACUUUCAACACAACGGGCCCGGCCGGUUCCGCCGAGGCCGAACACCUCUUCCAAGAAUACUUUGAGUCGCGCGGCCUCAACCACACGGCCACGGCCUUCAACGGCCGCUCCGACUACGGGCCCUUCCUGGAGGCGGGCAUCGCGGCCGGUGGCAUCGACACGGGCGCCGAGGGCAUCAAGACGCCGGAGGAGGUCGAGCAGUUCGGUGGCACGGCUGGCGUCUCGUACGAUGCGUACUACCACAGCGUGGAAGACACGCUGGACAAGCUGAACGCGACGGCGUAUACGGUCUCGGCGCAGGCGGUCGCGCAUGCGGUUGCGACGUACGCGGACAGUUUUGCGAGUCUGGGGCAGGAGGCGGCUGUCGCGCGCAGGGGCGUGCAGUGGCAUGCGCCGGUGCUGGGACGUGCUAGUGCUGGUGCCAGCGGUGCUAGGCCGAUGCGUAGGCGCGACGCUUUCAGGAGCAAGAAGCUGGGGAUUGCGUAUCUCUAGUGUGGCAUUGAUAGCGUGAGGGCGUGCAUGUAAAUUGAGUUUGAUGGGAUUUGAUUGUCAAUAUGAUGUGCAUACUUGGGCGCUUACACC